GUGUCUGCAUUUGGGGGCCAGGGAGCGCCACCCCGCAUGCGCAGAACUGGGAGUCAGCCUCCCGGACUACAACUCCCAGAGAAGCCCCACGGGGGCCGCAGGCACGGAGCAGCUGGCGCCAUCUUGAAAUCUGAUCCUCAAUCACUGAGCCUUUGCGUCAGCAGCGGGCUGCUGCUCUCAACACGGGACUCUGCCUUCUAAAAGAGGAGGACAUUGAGGACGCGGCGGCUGGCUAGAAAGACAGCUGGAGGAGACAAGGAAGGUUCCGCGCGCGGCCUGCGCCGCUGUCACUCAGCAUCCCCCUGAGGCAUUUCUGCUCCCGCCCCCCCCUCCCCAGAGGGGCGGGGCUGACCACUCUGGUACCCAGAGCCAGCGAGCGCCAGGCGGAGCUGAGCCCUGCAGAUCCGAGACCCUGUGGACUGUGCCAUGCCGGCGGGAGACCGGCGAAGACGCAGCCGAGAACGAGUGAGUGAUCACAGAGUAGCAGCCGCCUAGGGGAAGCUCGGCGGCACCCGCUAGCUGGGAAGAUGAAGGAGAUUUGCAGGAUCUGUGCCCGGGAGCUGUGUGGCAACCAGCGGCGCUGGAUCUUCCACACAACGUCCAAGCUCAACCUACAGGUUCUGCUUUCUCACGUCCUGGGCAAGGAUGUCUCCCGCGAUGGCAAAGCCGAGUUUGCUUGCAGCAAGUGCGCUUUCAUGCUUGAUCGGAUCUAUAGAUUCGACACUGUUAUUGCCCGCAUCGAAGCUCUUUCUAUUGAGCGCUUGCAGAAGCUGCUGCUGGAGAAGGAUCGCCUCAAGUUCUGCAUUGCCAGCAUGUAUCGAAAGAAUAACGAUGACUCUGGCGCCGAGACCAAGGCGGGGAAUGGGACGGUUGACAUUUCCGGUUUACCCGAUGUCAGAUACUCUGCACUGCUCCAGGAAGACUUUGCCUAUUCUGGAUUUGAAUGCUGGAUAGAAAACGAGGAUCAGCUUCAGGAGCCACACAGUUGCCAUGUUUCGGAAGGCCCUGGAAACCGACCCAGGAGAUGCCGUGGUUGUGCAGCUUUGCGGGUUGCUGACUCCGAUUAUGAAGCUAUUUGUAAGGUGCCUCGAAAGGUGGCCAAAAGUAUCUCCUAUGGCCCUUCUACCAGGUGGUCUACCAGCAUUUGCACAGAAGAGCCAGCUCUGUCUGAGAUUGGACCACCGGACUUAAGCACAAAGGUACCCCCAGAUGGAGAAAGCAUGGAGGAAGGAACACCGGGUUCCUCCGUGGAAUCUUUGGACGCAAGUGUACAGGCUAGCCCUCCACAGCAGAAGGAUGAAGAAGCUGAGAGAAGUGUAAAGGAACUUGUGAAGUGGGACUGCUGUUCGGAGGAACAGGCGCCACAGCAGCUGUGUAACCACAGGCUGGAGCUAGCUCUUAGCAUGAUUAAAGGUCUUGAUUAUAAACCCAUCCAGAGCCCCCGAGGGAGCAAGCUUCCUAUUCCAGUGAAAUCCAGCCCACCUGGAGCCAAGCUUGGCCCUAUCAUGACAGAUGGGGUCAGUUCCGGUUUCCUUACCAGGUCUUUGAAACCCCUUUACAAGACACCUGUGAGUUAUCCCUUGGAAAUUUCAGACCUGCAAGAACUGUGGGAUGAUCUCUGUGAAGAUUACUUACCACUCCGUGUACAGCCUAUGACAGAAGAGCUACUCAAAGAACAAAAGCUGAAUUCAAAUGAGACCACAGUAGCUCAGCAGUAUGUAUCCGAUUCCCACUUAGCUGAACUCCAGGAAAAAAUCCAACAGACAGACACCACCAACAAGAUUCUUCAGGAGAAACUAAACGAAAUGAACUUUGAACUAAAGUCUGCUCAGGAGUCAUCUCAGAAGUACGAUGGUACAAUUCAAAGCCUCAAGGAAACUCUAAAAAGCCGGGAAAGUGAGACUGAGGAGUUGUACCAGGUGAUUGAAAGUCAAAAUGACACAAUGGCAAAGCUUCGAGAAAUGCUGCACCAAAGCCAGCUUGGACACCUUCAGAGUUCAGAGGGUACUUCCCCGGCUCAACAACAGGUGGCUCUUCUUGAUCUUCAAAGUGCUUUAUUCUUCAGCCAGCUUGAAAUCCAGAAACUUCAGAGGGUGGUACGGCAGAAAGAACGCCAGCUGACUGAUGCCAAGCGAUGUGUGCAAUUUGCAGAGGCUGCAGCACAUGAAAGAGAGCAGCAGAAGGAGGCUUCGUGGAAACAUAACCAGGAAUUACGAAAAGCUUUGCAACAACUACAAGGAGAAUUGCAGAAUAAAAACCAGCAACUUCAUACCCUGGAGGCUGAAAAAUACAAUGAGAUUCGAAUGCGAGAGCAGAACAUUCAGCACCUAAACAAUAAUCUGAGUCACAAAGAGCAACUGGUGCAGGAAUUUCGGGAGCUCCUGCAGUACCAGGAUAACUCAGACAGAACCCUUGAAGCACAUGAAAUGUUGCUGGAGAAACUUCGGCAGCGGAUCCAGGAUAGGGACGCUGCUUUAGAGCGGGCUAUCGAUGAAAAGUUCUCUGCUCUAGAAGAAAAAGAAAAAGAACUGCGUCAGCUUCAUCUUGCUCUGAGAGAACGAGAUCAUGACUUAGAAAGACUGCGUGGUGUCCUCUCCUCCAAUGAAGCUACCAUACAGAGUAUGGAGAGUCUCCUGAGGGCCAAGGGCCUAGAAGUGGAACAGUUAUCUGCUACCUGUCAAAAUCUCCAGUGGCUGAAAGAAGAAAUGGAAACCAAAUUUAGCCAUUGGCAGAAGGAGCAAGAAAGUAUUGUUCAGCAGUUACAGACAUCUCUGCAUGACAGAAACAAGGAAGUGGAGGAUCUUAGCGCGACACUACUCUGCAAGCUUGGACCAGGGCAAAGUGAAAUAGCCGAGGAACUGUGCCAGCGUCUACAUCGAAAGGAAAGGAUGCUACAGGACCUUCUGAGUGAUCGCAACAAGCAAGCUGUGGAACAUGAAAUGGAGACUCAGGGCCUGCUUCAGUCUAUGAGCACCAGGGAGCAGGAGAGCCAAGCUGCUGCAGAAAAGAUGGUACAAGCCCUAAUGGAAAGAAAUUCAGAAUUACAGACCCUGCGUCAAUAUUUAGGAGGGAAAGACUUCAUGAUGUCCCAAGCACUUAUUUCUAAGCAACCAGCUAAAGUUACCUCCAUUGGCCUCCACCUUGGAGAACAGCUUGACCAAGGUUCAAUGCAGAUACCUUCCAAAGAUGAUAACGCUUCUUUGACUGCUAAAGGAGAUUCCAGCAUACCCAGGUCCACCUUAGGAGAGUUGGAUACAGUUGCAGGGAUGGAAAAAGAACUGAGUAAUGCCAAAGAGGAACUUGAACUUAUGGCUAAAAAAGAAAGGGAAAGUCGGAUGGAACUUUCUGCUUUGCAGUCCAUGGUGGCUGUACAAGAGGAAGAGCUGCAGGUGCAGGCUGCUGAUAUGGAGUCCCUGACCAGGAACAUCCAGAUUAAAGAGGACCUCAUUAAGGACCUGCAGAUGCAACUGGUUGACCCUGAAGACAUACCAGCUAUGGAACGCCUGACCCAAGAAGUUUUAUUACUGAGGGAAAAAGUUGCUUCAGUAGAAUCUCAGGGUCAAGAAACUUCAGGAAACCGAAAGCAACAAUUGCUGCUGAUGCUGGAAGGACUGGUAGAUGAACGGAGUCGUCUCAAUGAGGCAUUACAAGCAGAGAGACAGCUCUAUAGCAGUCUGGUGAAAUUCCAUGCCCAUCCGGAGAGCUCUGAGAGAGACCGAACUCUGCAGGUGGAACUGGAAGGGGCCCAGGUGUUACGCGGCCGGCUAGAAGAAGUUCUUGGAAGAAGCCUGGAACGCUUAAGCAGGCUGGAGACCCUGGCCGCCAUUGGAGGUGCAGCUGCAGCAGAUGACACUGAAGAUGCAAGCACCGAGUUCACUGACAGUAUUGAGGAGGAGGCUGCACACAACAGCCACCAGCAAAUCAUCAAGGUGGCUUUGGAGAAAAGUCUAGCAGCUGUGGAAAUCCAGAACCUAUCUCUUCCGCCUCCUUCAUCAGCAGAAGGGGACAGUAACAGGGGUCUUCAGGAGGAAAUGCUCCACCUGAGGGCUGAGAUUCACCAGCACUUAGAGGAGAAAAGAAAAGCUGAGGGAGAACUGAGGGAGCUAAAGGCUCAAAUUGAGGAAGCAGGAUUCUCCUCUGUGUCCCACAUCAGGAACACCAUGCUGAGCCUUUGCCUUGAGAAUGCAGAGCUGAAAGAACAGAUGGGAGAAGCAAUGUCUGAUGGAUGGGAGAUCGAGGAAGACAAGGAGAAGGGCGAGGUGAUGGUAGAGACUGUAGCAUGCAAAGGGGGUCUGAAUGAGAAUAGCCUUCAGGCUGAGUUCAGGAAGCUCCAGGGAAAACUGAGGAGUGCCCACAGCAUCAUCAACCUCCUCAAUGAGCAGCUGGUGCUAAGCAGCAAGGAGGGGACUAGUAAACUUACUCCAGAGUUCCUUGUGCACCUGGCCAGGGAGAUCGACAGACUGAACACAGAGCUGGUUUGGCCUUCUGGAAGGCACCAGCACCAUGAGGAAGAAGAUGUGAUCAUGAGGUCCUGCCCCAGGCCACAGAGCCUUGACUUGGGGGCUGCUCUCACAGUGGAUGGCUACCAAGUGGAUAACCUGUCCCACGCCAGUGACCCCAGACCUCGGUCAGGAUUUAGCCUCCCAGGAUCCACCAAACACCUGCGCUCACAGCUGGCUCAAUGCAGACAACAUUACCAAGAUCUCCAGGAGAAGCUACUGAUAUCAGAAGCCACAGUCUUUGCCCAGGCCAACCAGCUGGAGAAAUACAGAGUCAAGUUUAGCGAAUCUGUGGUGAAGCAGGACAGCAAGCAGGUCCAGGUGGACCUCCAAGACCUGGGCUAUGAGACAUGUGGCCGCAGUGAGAACGAGGCUGAACGGGAGGAGACCACCAGUCCCGAGUGUGAAGAACAUGCCAGCCUCAGAGAAGCAGCCCUGAUAGAUGGACUGACGAGGCCCUCCAGGAAGAUGCCCCUGCAGAGGCAGCUAGGGAAGCAGGAAGAGUUUCAGGCAUAUGGAGAGUCAGAAGACGUCUCUGUCCUACAGAGGGACAUUAAAGAUCUGAAGGCCCAGCUGCAGAACUCCAACAAAGUCAUUCAAAACCUCAAGAGCCGAGUACGGUCCCUCUCGGUUACAAGUGAUUAUUCAUCUAGUUUGGAAAGACCCCGAAAGCUAAAGGCCGUUGGCACCCUCGAGGGGUCUUCACCUCAUAGUGCCACUGACGACGAUGAGGGGUGGCUGUCUGAUGGCACUGGAGCUUUCUACCCCCCAGGACUUCAGGCCAAAAGGGAUCUAGAGAGUCUCAUCCAGAGAGUGUCACAACUGGAGGCCCAGCUUCCCAAAACUGGACUGGAAGACAAGCUGGCAGAGGAACUGAGAUCAGCCGCAUGGCCUGGGAAAUAUGAUUCCCUGAUUCAGGAUCAAGCCCGAGAACUAUCCUAUCUGCGGCAGAAAAUACGAGAAGGGAGAGGUAUCUGCUACCUUCUCACACAGCACGUGAAAGAUGCAAUAAAAUCUUUUGAGGAUCUCCUAAGGAGUAAUGACAUUGACUACUACCUGGGGCAGAGCUUUCGAGAACAACUCGCCCAGGGAAGCCAAUUGGCAGAGAGGCUCACCAGCAAACUGAGCACCAAAGACCAUAAAAGUGAGAAAGAUCAAGCAGGAUUUGAGCCGCUGGCCCUCAGGCUCAGCAGGGAGCUGCAGGAGAAGGAGAAAGUGAUUGAAGUCUUGCAGGCCAAACUGGAUGCCAGAUCCCUAACCCCCUCCAGCAGCCGGGCCUUGUCUGAAUCCCCUCGCUCUCCCAGCAGCACCUCCUUCCUAUCUGAUGAGCUGGACGCCUGCUCAGACAUGGACACAGGUAGCGAGUACACACGCUACGAAGAGAAGAAAGCUUCGCCCAGUCACUCAGCAACCAGUGCGUCUCAGGGGGCUAAGGUCGAAUCCAGCAGCUUGCCAACUCCCCAGAACCCCCCCAAGGAGACCAGCCAGGCCCAUUCAGGCUUUCAUUUUAACUCCAUGCCCAAGCUGGUUAGCUUCCCCCAGCCUCCAUUGCCCUCAGCUCCACCCAGCUUCCUGCCCUUCAGCUCCCCUGGCCCUCCCCUCCUUGGCGGCUCGGAGACACCGGGGUUCUCCUUGGCCGAGGCGCAACAAGAGCUGCAGAUGCUGCAGAAGCAAUUGGGAGAAAGUGUCAGCACUGGCCCUCCUGCAUCCUUAGCUACGUUGCCAAGUAGCCAUUUGGAAGCCAACUCUUCCCACCACCUGAACCUUGCCCAAACCCACUCUCCUCCAAGAAGUACCAGCGAUCUGGGCCAAAUCCUGGAACCUGGCUACCUGGGCAACAGUGGCCCGUGGGACAUGAUGAGGCCUCAGAAAGGAAGUGUCUCUGGGGACUUAUCCUCAGGCUCCUCUGUGUACCAGCUUAACUCCAAACCCACAGGGGCCGACCUGCUAGAGGAGCAUCUGGGUGAGAUCCGGAACCUGCGCCAGCGGCUGGAAGAGUCCAUCUGCAUCAAUGACCGCCUGCGGGAACAGCUGGAGCACAGACUCAGCUCCACUGCCCGAGGAAGUGGAUCCUCCACUAACUUCUGCGGUCAGAGCCUAGACUCCAUACCUCAGCUCUACAAUGAGAACAGGGCCCUCAGGGAAGAAAACCGAAAACUUCAGGCUCAGCUGAGCCACAUUUCUAGAGAGCACUCCCAGGAAACCGAAUGUCUGAGGGAGGCGCUACUGUCUUUGCGUGCCCGGCUUCAAGAGCUGGAAAUGGAGUUGGAGCACCAGAAGGUGGACCGACAGCAGCUUUCGGAGGACUUGAAGGAAAAGCAGCAGGAGGUCUUGCAUUUCCGGGAGGAACGGCUAUCCCUCCAGGAGAAAGACUCCAGACUGCAGCACAAGCUGACCCUCCUGCAGCAAGAGUGUGAAGAGAAACAGCAGCUUUUCCAGUCCCUCCAGUCUGAGCUACAGAUCUAUGAGGCUCUUUAUGGCAAUGCUAAGAAGGGGCUGAAAGCUUACAACUGGGAUGCCCAUCACCAAGUCUCCUUGAGCAGUGAGUUAAGUCACCUGGUGGCAGAGGUCCGAGCUUUGAGGGGGCAGCUGGAACAUAGCAUCCAGGUGAACAACUCUCUGAGGCUGCAGUUGGAGCAGCAGUUGGAUGGUGGUGCCGUCAAAGCCAACCUUAGCCCCUCAUCUGUUACCCAGGACUUCCCUGCUGGCAUGGAUCCUGGGGACCAACAGCCACUCUUCCAAGAUUCCCUGUCUUCCCCUCCGGUUCGGGAUGUUGGCUUGAGUAAUCCGGCUCUGGUCUUCCCUUGCUCUGCUCUUGGUUCAGAAACCUCCAUCUUCAGCAGGACAAAUGAGAUGGAUUUGGAUACUUCUCCAGUAGUGAAGAACCCUCCCAAACUGGAGGGUGAGGCUACUGAUGGCUCCUUUGCCAAUAAACAUGGUCGCCAUGUCAUUGGUCAUAUGGAUGACUACAGUUCCCUAAAACAGCAGAUUGGAGAAGGCCAACUGCUGGUCAAAAAGAUAGCCUCUCUCAUGAGAUCAGCAUGCAACUUCCCUAGCCUUGAAGCUCAAGGCACAGAGGUGCUCAGCUAUGAGCAUGCCCAUGAGCUUCGGAGCAGUGCCCGUGCCCUGCACCACACCUUGGAGGAGUCGGCCUCUCUCCUCACCAUGUUCUGGCGGGCGGCCUUGCCAGACAUCUGCAGCCCCACUCAGUCAAGCAAAGUGGGAGCGUCCAUGAAAAGAGAACUUCUGGAACUAAGAACCAAGCUCUCCAAACAUGAGACCCUCCUUCAGAGCACAACUGAGCAACUGAAGACUGCCAACCAGCAGAAGGAGAGCAUGGAGCAGUUCAUCUUCAGUCAGUUGACCAGGACACAUGAUGUUUUGAAGAAGGCCAGGACAAAUUUGGAGGUGAAAUCCCUACGGGCUCUGCAGUGCACUCCAGUCUUGUGA